AUGAUCCGCAAACAAGCCCGACAGCGACGUGAUUAUCUCUAUAGAAGAGCUUUAACACUUCGAGAUGCUGAGAUCAGUGAAAAGCGCGCAAAGCUUCGAGCUUCUUUAGCAUCAGGCAAACCUCUAGAUCCAUCCAUCGCGAAUGAUAAAAAGCUACGAGAAAAUUAUAAAUAUGACGAAUCACGACCAGAUUUGACGGCAAAUGAGGAACUUGAUUUGGAUGAUGAAUAUGCUCAACUUUCCGGAAUUGUUGAUCCUAGAGUACUUGUUACAACUUCAAGAGAUCCGUCAUCGAGACUCUCUGCUUUUGCGAAAGAGAUUAGAUUGUUGAUACCAACGUCAAUUCGUCUGAAUCGAGGAAACCUCAUUCUACCAAAUCUAAUAACAUCUGCUCAAGCAUCUGGACUUUCUGAUAUCAUUCUUCUUCAUGAACACCGUGGUACACCAACAGCCCUGACAUUAUCCCACUUCCCGCAUGGACCUACGAUAUCUUUCUCUCUACACAAUGUUGUUUUGCGCCAUGAUAUCCCAAACAGCUCGCGUGGAACGGUCAGUGAGUCUUAUCCUCAUCUAAUCUUCGAAGGCUUUACAUCAAGAUUAGGCCUUCGAAUCGUCAAAAUUUUGAAACAUAUCUUUCCACCAAGAGAAGCGAUCACGAACAAGACGAAAAUUGGAAACAGGGUUGUAACCUUCAAGAAUAUUGAAGAUAGUAUCGAAGUUCGACACCAUGUGUUCGUCAAGACAGGAUAUCAAAGUGUGGAACUCGCAGAAGUUGGACCUCGAAUGACGAUGAGAUGUUUCGAGAUCAGAGGAGGGACUUUGGAGAAUAAGGACGGUGAUGUUGAAUGGAGAAUGAACCAAUAUACGAGAACUUCGAAGAAAAAGGACUAUCUUAUAGGUAAUAGCCAUAUUGCCGCUGCCACUCUCCAUACCUCGUCUACCGAUAUUGAAAAGAUCGAGACUGUAUCAAAGAGAGGUUGA